UAUUUUAUAUUGCUUAAUCUCAGUAUUUAUUUUUUACAAUGUUUUUUCAUGGAAAAUAGAAAUAUUAUUUGUUUUAAGUAACAUUAGGAACAGGUCAUUUUCUUUUAUAAAAGUCAAUAUCCUUAAUAACAAGUCACUUUCUUAUGAGUGCGUACAUUUUUUGUGAACUAAAUUAUAUUCAAUUUAAAUUGACAAGCCUUGAACAAAGGCAGGAAAAGUUGGAAGAACGUUUUUGUAAUGAUCCUGUUGAUCAGAAUAUCAGCCAAAUCCAGUUCCCAAUUUUUAAUUCUUUACUGCAAUAUUCUGAAGUUAAAAAGCACCCAAAGAAUAUGUUGUCAUGGAUGAUGCUUGAAGGAGGGCUGACUUUCCAUCACCAUAUUUUGCUUAUUAUGUUGCUGACUCAUGCCAUACAAAAAAGAUCAACAAGCCCGAAAAUCUGCUUAAAACUUCAACUGUUCACUUUUUCUCCGGCAUCACGAAAAAAGAAGUUGAGUUAAAAGUUGCACGAUUUUUUAAUAACGCGAGAGAUUGCUCUGGUGGUCGGCUGCGGUGAUGUAAGAAAACAGCAGUUUCGAUUGACGCGAAAGAUGCAGACAAUGACGAGAUAAGUAAAGAGGACAACGAAGAUGAUAACGCUCCUUGAUAAAAGAAGCGAAAUACAUCUUUAAAUGAAUAAUAAUAUCUUGUAUUUUGAAUAGCAUUACUAUGUAAAUAAUACGUAAUAUAUAAUAUGUAAUAUAUAACAGUUUAGGUAAUAUGAAUCGUAAUAAUAAAUAUAUUAAAAAAAUAUUUGUAAUAUUUUAUAAAAAAAAAAAGAAUUUAAAAAAACAA